AUGACUUGCAUGAAGACGGCAGCCAUGUUGCAGUCGAAAGCGGCCAAGCAGGCCAUCCAAUGCCUCCCGCGAGCUCGCCGAUUUUCCACGACACCAGCACCAGCCGCCAUCUCGCCCUACCGAAAACAGACCGCGCAGAAACCACAAGAGUCGGGGCGACGCAAUGUGUCCAAGUCAGCGACGCGGACUGCGCAAGCAGCACCGGCACCACAACGAGCUGUCCCUAGCCCAGCCUUCAAUCGCGAUGAGCCAAACCUGCGCAAUGUGCAGCCAUUGGAGAAAUUCCGCCAGCCCGAGAUGGACCACAGCUUCGUGGGCAUGACUGGAGGAGAGAUCUUCCACGAGAUGAUGCUGCGGCAUAAUGUCGAGCACGUCUUCGGCUACCCAGGCGGUGCCAUUCUUCCCGUAUUCGACGCCAUCUACAACAGCGAACACUUCAACUUCAUUCUGCCUAGACAUGAGCAAGGAGCUGGCCACAUGGCCGAAGGAUACGCGCGUGCCUCGGGCAAGCCAGGUGUUGUGGUGGUGACAUCCGGUCCCGGUGCUACGAACACAAUCACGCCCAUGCAGGAUGCCCUUAUGGAUGGUACCCCAAUGGUCGUGUUCUGUGGUCAGGUCGUCACUGGAGCAAUUGGUUCGGACGCGUUUCAGGAAGCCGACACUGUGGGCAUCUCAAGAGCUUGCACAAAGUGGAAUGUCAUGGUUAAGAACGUGGCAGAGCUCCCACGAAGGAUAAAUGAAGCUUUCGAGAUUGCCACUUCUGGUAGACCCGGUCCAGUCUUGGUCGAUCUGCCAAAGGAUGUAACAGCCGGAAAGCUCCAGCGACCGAUCCCAAUGACUUCGACCCUGCCACUCCACCCAUCUGCCGCGACUGUUGCAGCGCGUGAAUUGUCGAUGAAGCAGCUGGAGGGCAGCAUCAAGCGGUCUGCAGACUUGAUCAACGUGGCCAAGAAGCCAGUUGUGUAUGCAGGUCAGGGUGUAAUGGGCCAUCCUGAUGGUCCAAAGUUUUUGAAGGAGCUGUCAGAGAAGGCGCAGAUCCCAGUGACAACCACCCUGCAAGGUCUUGGUGGAUAUGACGAACUGGAUCCAAAGUCUCUUCACAUGCUGGGUAUGCACGGCUCUGCCUUCGCGAACAUGGCCAUGCAGGAAGCCGAUUUGAUCAUCGCACUUGGUGCUCGCUUCGAUGAUCGUAUUACCGGAGCUGUUGCGCGUUUCGCUCCAGCGGCGCGCAAGGCCGCAGAGGAGGGCCGCGGUGGCAUCAUUCACUUCGAUAUCAUGCCAAAGAACAUCAACAAGGUUGUGCAAGCGACCGAAGCCGUUGAGGGAGACGUGACCGCGAACUUGGCUCUUCUCCUACCACAUGUGGAACAACGAACUGAGAGCGCGAGAAAGGAAUGGUUCGACCAGAUCAAUGCUUGGAAGGAGAGAUUUCCAUGGGCAUACGAGAAGGAGUCAGGACCGGACGGACCCAUCAAGCCACAGAGUGUCAUCACGAAACUCUCGGAAAUGACCGCAGACCGGAAAGAGGAUACCAUCAUCGCUACUGGUGUCGGUCAACAUCAAAUGUGGACAGCUCAACACUACAGAUGGAGAACGCCACGCUCCAUGAUCACCUCCGGUGGUCUGGGCACGAUGGGCUACGGUCUUCCAGCUGCCAUUGGCGCCAAGGUCGCACAGCCGGAGAAGCUCGUCAUCGACAUUGACGGCGACGCUUCUUUCCUGAUGACCCAGACUGAGCUUGGCACUGCUGCAGAGUUCAACAUUGGCGUGAAAGUCAUUGUUCUGAACAACGAAGAGCAAGGCAUGGUCACUCAAUGGCAGUCCUUGUUCUACAACGACCGCUUCGCACACACUCACCAACGGAAUCCCGACUUUGUGAAGCUUUCCGAGGCGAUGCACGUACCCGCGAGGAGAACGACCAAGCUCGCUACUUUGGAGGAAGACCUGCAAUGGCUGAUCGAGGGCUCCGGCCCAGGUCCAGCGUUCCUUGAGGUGAAGGUCGACCAGAAGGUGCCGGUGCUGCCUAUGGUACCUGGUGGCAGCGCUCUCCACGAGUUCUUGGUGUACGACGAGGCCAAGGAGAAGGAGAGGAGACAGCGGACCAAGGAGCGAUCUGGCCGAUAG